AUGGAUCUUGACAUGAUUCGUCCUCGGAGAUGCAAGCCUUGUCCUCCACCACCACCACCACCAGCACUGCCUCCAGCACCUCCAUCACAUAAAAAAGAGGAACCACCACCACCGCCGCCAUCAUCACCACAUGGUGAACACGUUAUGGAAGCAUGUCAACAUGAAUGCUGUAAUAUUCGCGGAUAUCCAUUCCCAUCACCACUGCCACCAUCAAUGUGGCCAUGUCAUCCGCCACCACAAAGAUACUGGAAUGAUGACGUGGACCGGUUCUCAAGAAUGCAUAGGAUGAAUUUUCGAGAUCCUAUGGUUGACUAUCAUGAGGAUCAUAGUCGGCAUCGUUGCAUAGCAUUGCAGCCUCCUUCAGUGAGAUACCAUCGUCGUAGACCACCACCAAUGCUAACGGGACACCACCAUGGACAACCAUCACCACCACUGCUGGGGCACCACCAUGAACAACCACCACUACUAGGGCAUCAUGGACAACCACCCCUGCUGAUGGGGCACCGCCGUGAACAACCACCUCUUCUGUUGGGGCACCACCAUGAACCACCACCAUCCUAUUUUCCUCCGCCGUGUGAUUAUGGCUACCAACAUGGCUACUAUCAUGAGAUUCCAAAUGGUUGCAGAACUAUGUGA